GGAUGCGGGCCGCUCCGAGACUGCGGGCGCUCCAGCGACACCUGGGCUCCUCGGAGGGCAGAGGUAUGGAGCCGAGCAGCAGCCCACUGACCACACAUGUACUGGACACCACCUCAGGGCUUCCGGCCCAGGGCCUCUGCCUCUGUCUGUCCAGGCUUGAGGACCAGGGCCAGCACUGGACCGACCUGAGGAAAAGCUACACCAACUCGGAUGGCCGCUGCCCGGGGCUCCUGCCACCAGGCCCGAUGAAAACGGGCACCUACAAGCUGUCCUUUGACACCGAGGGCUAUUGGAAGGAGAGGGGCCAGGAGAGCUUCUACCCAUACGUGGAGGUGGUUUUCAGCAUCACCAACGAGACCCACAGAUUCCACGUGCCCCUGCUGCUGAGUCCAUGGUCCUACACCACAUAUCGGGGGAGCUAGCAGCCGAGCCAUCGCCUCUGGCCAGCUGCUGGCCUGUGAGCAUCGAUGCCAUCCCAACAGCUCCCUGAGGCACUCCAAGAGAGGGCAGCAGUUAUGCUCCCUGAGGGGAGUCUGACCCGCCCUCUCCAGUAGCAGCUGAGUCUCAGGCUCAAUAAAGUCAGCACCAGCAUG